AAGAUAUCACAGCAGGCAUCAAGUCUAUUGAUGGCAUCGCAUACUUGCAAAAGAGAGAGAAACUGAUACAAAUUUGUAAAAUAAGUGAAUUGGACUUGCUUUUAAGUAGGCCAAACAUGUCCUCGGAUACUCCACCUCCGCCUACCCCCUGAUUUCAGCAGUUGAUACACUACCAAUCCACGCACAGUCCUCCAAAAAGAAGUUUUCAAUGGCGGAUGCCUAUUUCUCUCUCUUCUCUCUAAUCCUCCUCAUCCCCCUCUCUAUCCUCAUCUUCCUGUACUUCAUCGUCCGACCCAGGCCCGUCCGCGUCCCAAUCAAGAAUCGCCACGUCUUCAUCACAGGCGGAUCCAGCGGAAUCGGCCUCGCCCUUGCUCACCAAUUCGCUCAGCUAGGCUCUGAUGUCACCCUCCUCGCCCGCAAUGUCAGCAAGCUCGAAGAGGCCAAGGAGUCCAUUAAGCUGGCAACGGGGCGUGACGUCAGGAUCUUCAGCGCUGACGUCAGGGAUUAUGAGAGUGUAAAGAAAGUCGUGGAGGAGGUGGGGGUAAUUGAUGUUUUGAUUUGUAAUCACGGAGUGUAUGUGCCGCAGGAGCUCGAGACGCAGGAACUAGAGGAGAUCAAAUUUAUGAUUGAUGUGAAUUUGAUGGGUACUUUUCAUUUGAUUAAGGCGGCCUUGCCUGGAAUGAAGAAGAAUAGGGUGGAGAGGGGGCCAGGUUCCAUUGCGAUCAUGUCAUCGCAGGCGGGUCAGGUUGGUAUUUAUGGUUAUACAGCUUAUUCAGCUAGCAAAUUUGCCCUUAGGGGUAUGGCAGAAGCUUUGCAACAGGAGAUAAUAGCAGACAACAUUCAUAUCUCCCUCAUCUUCCCUCCAGAUACCGAAACUCCUGGAUUUGCUGAAGGUCUAAACUCCGACUUAUUAUCCUACCUUACACUUUUGAAUUGCACAAAUUGUCCCCAGUAUCAUGCUUGUAUCUUUUCUUUUAUCUGAUUAUUGAAAUUUAGU